AAGAAAUGGUUGGGCCCAAAGAGUAUUACUGGCGAAUACUACAGAAACAAGUACUACUAUCCUCCACAGAACCAUAGACCCAACUACGUAGUACCCGAUGGAAAGUCUGUGAUAGAGGCUGGAAAACCAAGAGGUGGUCCAACUUCUGUAGCUUUCGGAGCCGAGGCCCCAAGAAGAGACCCUUCUUUAAAUCCAUUUCCUCAGAAUAUCUACUGUAAGACAAACCAUAUGAUUCCACACGAACUCAAGGAAAAGAUCUGCGAGGAUAUUAACGAAAACGGCUUACAUAUCCAAGAAGCCUCGAACAAAUACGGCAUCAGUCUCGAGAGAAUAGAGGCAAUUCUCAAGUUGAGUACAAUCGAAAAGGAAUGGUCUGCCAAUUCCGGCGAAUCAGUAUGUAUAAAUUAA